AUGCCGCUCUUACUCGCACCAUACGAUGAUGCCAUGCGUCUGGGCAUGGGGUUCAACUCGUACACCCAGACCAUGUGCAUCUACAGCUACAGCGCCGUCGAAGCUACGGAUGAGAACAUGAUCACGUCGCAGACUCUACCGCCAAAGAUUACGUACUCGUCUAAGCUCUUCGAAUGGGUGUCCGAGGUCGUUGAUACGAUGGAUAUUUCGCGCGCUGCCACCUCAAGACCGGCAGGAUGGAAGUCCAAGGACACAUCAACUGUCAAGAAGGCUUCAACCGACUCUACCAUGGACUUGGGCAAUAUUUGCAAAGUAGCUACGAUCACAUCCGUCAUCCAGGGUGUAAAAGUCGAAGAUGUAACAGCCAUACGUACCAAGUACAAGGAAAAUCGUAGCUUCAACGAAUGGUCGACGUAUCAGGUCCUGAAGCCGCUUGAUUACGACAGUGUUGCUUCAUACACCUCCAAGCUCUUCGACAACUAUAUGCAGUACAAACACUUGUCCAGAAAGGUUCAGGAUAUUAUUUCUCACCUAGAUUACCUCGCAGCUCAGGUUGACAAACCUAGGGCUAUUUCACUUGAACUGAAUACUCUCCUGGCUGCUCGCAGCGCGAUUGAUAAAGAUAUAAACAAGAUCGUUGUAGUUGUGAACACUUUGACACGGCACCCAGAAGCUAACAAUCCCAAGGACGAGCUCGUGUACGGUAUUAUCAACGAAGCCCUUUUGGAGUCGCCCCAACCUGGUUCACUUGAAGAUUCCCAAGUACAACACAAUUUCUUCCUGCCUUCUGUUCCAGGUUACUCGCCGAGUGAGACGAGUAGCGGCGUUGAGGAGCUUCAUACACCUUGGACUUUUGAUCUAGACUCUGCAAGUCUCAGUGGGAGAUCCCCUGUAUUUCGAGGUAAAACGGAGCCCUCCACUGAUCUGGCAAUGCGCGUGCUGGUCCAACCUGAAGUUUGGGCGGACUUGUUACCUGUGAAGAUUGAUCAUCUGACCAGUCUCAUCAACCAGAAGACUCAGACCGUUCCAGCAUUCACCGUCAAAUAUAAAAGGCUCCACAUUCUUGCUGCUGUAUUUGGGACACAUGACGUGGCAGUAAAGCUCCGGGAAUGGUCAAUUGAAACACUGGAGAUUACCCAUGAGUCUGAAUCACAGAAUGCCAAAUUUGUUCACCCUUCGCGAAGUACCUGUUUUAUACUGGGUGUAACAUAUGGCGGCAAGAUCUAUAGCUCCUCUGAGGAUCUCCUACGGUUUGUGGACAAUGCCGAUCAUGGCACCCCACGUGACUGGCUUUACAUCCACUUUAACCGCGAGACUAUCAAGGAUGAGCAUUUGGGCAAAGAUGGCAUGACGGGUGUUGUCUUAUAUACAUACUCGAUACUCAAUGGAGUUCAGAGUGCUGUUUCCAUGGGUACCGCUGGGUGUAUGUUGGUGGAUCAACGACAACUUACGACCGUCACCAAGGAGACAGUCAACGGGGCUAAUGAUAACUUGUUGAAGAAGGACAGCAAGGAAGUCAAAACCCACCAGAUCACUCUGGGCAAAGGCAUCGAGGCACCAGAAGGCUACUCUUGCACUUUCCAGAGCGGCACUCUCAAAGUCAGUCCCUCUGAGACGCCCUUUAUGCAGUUUAAGAAUGGUGUCAAGUUUGCCCUCAGGAACAAUGGUAGAUUUGAAGUGCUUGACAAGCAAGAUGAGGCCUUCUGGUCCAGCGAGGAAGUACCUGAAGGUCAGAUCCCUCGGCGCCUAGAAUUCUGCAAAGACGGCAAGUUGCGGCUUUGGAACACCGACGAGCAGGUAUACUGGACGCCGUUGAUGAACUUCACUCGCUGUGAAAGGAAGAUGGUGUUUUCAAGCGAAUUUCCACACUUGGAGAUCUAUAACAGUGAGGUUUAA